UGGGCAAGGCUGUCCCAAGUUGCUGUCAAGGGUGCUCAAUAUAACUCCAGUGAAUGUCAGCCUCACCUGAAAUGUUUGCAAGGGACCUGGGCUAAUCUCCUCACAUACAUCCACCAAUUACUAGACAGAGAAGAGAAGAAUCAACUUAUAUGGCUGCAUGGCAUGGCAGGUGUCGGAAAGUCUGCUGUUGCAUUCACUGUAGCUGAAAGGAUGAAAGGUCUAAAAGUGACAGAGGAGACAAAUGUCGAAAAGCAGCUAGUGGGGACAUUCUUUUUCUUGCGCAAGCACACCAAACAUUGCACUGCUGGAUAUUUCUUUGCAAUGCUUGCCUACCAGCUUGCCAAUAAUUUUCCAUCCAUCUGGAGGGAUGUAAACACAGUCAUCCACAACAAUCUCACUCUACUAGACCCCGAUACACCUCUCUGUGACCAGAUGGAGGCUUUUUUGCUCAAACCUCUCCAGUGGCUUCGAUCUAGAUUGCACAAGUGUCUGCCUUUGACCUUUGUUAUUGAUGCCCUUGAUGAA